AUGGAGCAUGAAUCAGUACCAUUAGUUACAUGUGGACAAGCCGAUGAUGGCACAGAAACACAGAUGCCCAAGACGCAAUUAUUGGCGCAGCACUUCGCGAACCCUCCAGCAGCAUGCUCGAGGCCGUCUUCUAAUCGGGUCUUCUACUCUUCUGCACAAUGGACAACGGAUGGCACAACAAUAAUCACGGGAUCUUCUGACAAUUCUGUCUCGUCCUUUGUCCUGCCCGCCGAUCUAUUGGAUUUCGACAGCGGCACUCGCCAAUUGGAACCCCAGGCGAAAAUCAAGUUACCUGAACCAACUCAAGUCAUAGCACCUGCUCCGUUCUUCUCCCUGUCUGAAGCGGCUUCGCAAACAUUCCUUGUUGGGUGUCGAGAUCAUCCUCUGCAUAUUUAUCAUGCCUUUCCGGACGAUCCUCGCUCUGCCCCCAUCGGUCAUUACAAGUUAAUCCGGCACGAAACAGAGCAGUACAUUGUACCGGCCUCACUGGUGUGGCAGUAUCCCGGUACUCACUUCAUAUGCGGUUCUGCCAACCGCCUGGACUAUUUUGACGUAUCGCGUCAUGGAUCGGAUGGACCUGUGUUAACAGUACCUACCAUCCCCUCCAAGAGGCAUAUCUCCAAGGGACACGGGGUGGGUAUGAAAGGAACCGUUUCCGCUCUGGGUGUCUCACCCCCGGAUGUUAAUGGGCAUCCUCUUGUUGCUGCCGGCACAUGGACACGUUGGAUGGGAUUGUACGAUCUCCAUCGCUCGGACGGCGCAGUUGCUAACUGGCGAAUAUCGGAAUCCGAUUUACCAGGUUCGUCAGACUCCUAUGCCGGACAGGGAGUCGUACAAGUGCUAUGGAGUCCCUGCGGUCGCUACCUUAUCAUCAACGAACGACAUGCGGAUGGCUUAUUGGUCUAUGAUAUUCGAGGUUCGGGAAGGUUGCUCAGCGUCUUGGCUGGCCGAAAGAAUUCGUCGCAGCAGAGACUGAACUGUGACGUCUUUCCAGGCAGCCAAUACGGGAACGGAGGUUUUGAGGUGUGGGCUGGCUCUCAAGAUGGCUCUGUAAUUGUUUGGGACCAAGUCGGACUGACUGCAGCAGAAAUGCAGCCGUCAUGGAGUUGGAAUCCUCAUAAUUCUCCGGUCUGUGCCUCAAUCUUGCACCAUAGCGGAUCAGUUGUCGCCACCUGUUCUGGAGGUUGGGAGCAUUCCGAUGUUAAUGAUGAAUAUGAUGCUGUUGAUGCGUACGCUGCGCAGGGACGGAGCUGCAAAAUUUUGGAGGAGUCAAGUCUUAAAGUUUGGUCGCUCGGUGGCGGUGUGGUAGGGUGA